UUUCCUCGGACAAGGACUGCUCUGCGGAGAGGACUGGACCAAACCCUCUGUGGAUACUAAUUCGACUUUGAACAGUUCUGCAGAGUAUUCUCCCUGCCUAGCUGUUGAAGUUGGAUGUGGCUUCGCUGCCGGAUUUCUAUCUUUUGGACUUUGUACUAAGUCAGAGAGGACUUCUGGACUACAGCGUGAGAAAUCAUAAAAAAGACAGUUAACAGAAGGACAGAAACAUCAUCCUAUUGGACUUCUCCUUUUCCACCACUUCACGGAGGCAGUUUUCAAUGGAUUGGAAUUGGAUGUGGUCGCUUUGGCCAAGCGACUCACUCGAAGCCUUUCCUUCCCUAAAAGGAUUUUUGGACAAAAUUGGAUAUUUCCGUACCCUUAUUUCUCAACCCAGCUCAUAAGUAAUUCAUUUUGAAUGAGAUUAAUUCAAGCUGUCACAACUGUACCUGCGGGAUCUAACACUGGAAAAAGAAGUAUCACUUGAUCUGGUGUGACAAAAUGACCAUAAUCCUGCGACUGGAAGGUCUGAAUGUCCAGGCGGGUAUUGAAGAUUUACGGGCUUUCUUUGACUCUUUGCGCAUUCCUGAAGGUGGAGUGUGCAUAGUGGGAGGAAGACGCCAAGAGGCCUUCAUUGCAUUCAGCACAGAAAGAGAUGCCCAGCUGGCCAUGCGGCGCACUGGAAAUGUACUCAAAGGGUCUAAAGUGACCCUGCACAUAAGCAAAAUGGAAGAGCUGGAGCACAGAUUAGAAACUGUUUUAAAGCAGAAGAAGAAGAAGAAAGCCUCCCGGCAUUGUACCAGGAGACCUACAACACAUGCAGCUGCAAAUCUCACAUGCUUAAAUGUGAGGCCUCAUGAUAAUACUACAAAUCUUUCACCUUCCUCUGCAUACCCCAUUAAUCCUGAUACUUCCGAUGUACUGCCUGUGAAUGCAGAGCAUGUUUAUCUCAGAACUGCAGAUAUACAGACUUCAAAUACACAGUCUCUUGAUCCCAGUGCUGCCUUUAUUCUUGGGAUUUGCACCGUUCUUCAAGGUCUUCAGUCAUCCCACCAAAGAGAUGUCAGUAACGCAGAGCCAACGGGUGAUUUUCCAAGUGCUGACAGCACAGCUGUUGUAGGGGAAGAGGUGCGGACACCAGAAAAAACUCUGAAUUCAGAGCCAGGCUAUGUCAGGCUCUUUGGUCUGCCAGCCACAACUACAAAAGAUGAUAUCUGCCAUUUUUUCAGAGGGCUGACUGUACAAGAAGCCAUAGUAAAUGUGAAGUUGGGACUUAACCAUGGCUGUCUUGUGAAGUUUGCAACUAUGGAGGAUGCAUGCGCCGCUCUUAACUUCAACCAGCAGUCACUCGGCCCCUUCUGCGUGGAUGUUCGUGGCGCUUGUGAGAAGAUAUGGAACAGUGCACUGCAGGAAUGUGAAAAGGCUUUUGAUGGUGAGGAGAUCCAGGAACACCACCAGUACCCCCUUAAAGAAAGUGUCAACCACAAGCAAAAAUCUGCACUACGGACCAAGAGGGAGUCUGUCAAUCAGCUGCCAUCUAAACCACCAAAAAAGCAAAAAGUUGAGUGUGAGUCACGAACUCCAGCUGUGGAGUACAUUGUUAUGGUGAGCAAUCUACCCAAGAAGAUGACCAAGACUGAAUUAAAAUUAUUAUUUAGCUGUCCAAAUAUUCCACAAAAAAAUGUACAGCAUCUACUCAAUAAAGAAGGCAACAGAACAGACACCGCUUUCCUCAUAUUUAAUCGGAUUGAAGAUUUUGACUAUGCGAUGACACUUAAUGGCUGUUACGUGGGCUCCAAUACCAUUGAGGUCUCAUUGAUCACAAAGGAGAUGAUGAGAGAAAAGAUGAGAAAAACCAGCCUCGAAAGUCUCAGGCAUCAUCUAAAGGCCCAAGACCCAAGAAAGAAACCAAGGAAAUGUGCCCUGGUUGACAAAUCUGAGGCGCCACCGGACGCGGACCUUAACGCUAAGACGUGCCUGUUUGUAAGAAACAUGCCUGCAGAUGUGCAGAAAACUGAAAUCAAAAGCCUUUUCAGCAAAUACAAAAUAAGGAAGGACAACAUCAUCUUAUUGUGUGACAGUGAAGGCAGUGGCACCGGUGAGGCUGUGAUUCAGUUUAAGUCAGAGAAACACGUCGCGCUGGCUCAGAGGAUUCAUGGGAAAGACUUCUUGGGGACAAAAGUGCUUCUGACCCCCAUAAACAUGAUGCAGAUGAAGGACAUCUUGGUGAAAUACAUCUGACAGAUUUAAAUUUGGCUCUAAUGUGGAUGAUGAGGUGCGAGACUCAGGGAGAUAUUUAUUUUCCAUUCCAGUUUGUUUUUGACUGCGAUUCUGCUUGUUGGCACCAAUAUUUUGUGGUCGCCAAAUUCAGUCAGGAUUUCUAAUUAUUGCUUCCUCUCUGUAAACCAUUUCUACUGCUUAAAAUAAAUGUUGAAAUGCAUUGUCGAUCCAUUUAUUCACCAAACAACCAGGCAACUCUCAGAAACAGCUGAGUGCAUACGUGCUGCAGCAACCCAAGAUGAAAAGAAAAAUCAAACCUCAGCUACAGAACCAGGAUGGGUACACACAUUUUGUAGUAUCACCCUGAAAU